GUAGUUUUCAAAUGUGUGCUGUCCUUCAGCCUCUUGUGCUCCCAUGGGGGCUAUAUCCUGCUUUUUUUGGGCAAGGAAUGUGGCAUUUUCAUUCCUGGUAUAGUGAUGUGCUGGGGAAAGCUGACUGCUUGUGGUGCAUAAAUCCCUCUGCCCAGUGGUGCUGUGGUGUUGGUGGCUGCAGAAUUGGGAUGGAAAAGGGAAGUGGGGAUUGCAGUGGUGUGGCUUUUCCUGCUGGAGAGAUUCCUGACUUGCAUUGGGAGCAUUUCCCUUGAGCCACAUAACCUAGCAUUGAUGUGUGUCCUCAUGCUACACCCCUGCCCCUUGCUUAGGUGGCACCACCACAUCUUGCAAGGAAUUUUUGGGAUGUGGAAGCCCCAAGGAAGGGGCCCUAUGCUGGACACUGUGCCAUCUUCUCACAACAUCAGGCUCCUUUGGCCACCUGCUCUUGGUACCUGCAGCUUCCCUUUCCUUUGGGCUACGUUCCUUAGCUUGGAGAUUAUUUUUUCUUACUUAAAAGGGACCAUCAAUCUUAGAGCCUUUUAAUGUUUGUAGCUGUCUUGGUGGUUUUUAAAUGGAUUAUGGCACCCAUGAAUUUUAGCUAUAUAUAGAGCUCAAUAAAGAAGUUAUAUGGGUCCUGUCCCAAUGGAAUGCUGCAGUGUGCUGUUGGUCCCACUUCCUGGGGAGGGACGUUCUCACCAAGCUGAGCAGAGCUGGAUUAUUCACCAUUUGUUCUAUUUCUUACUCAAUCACCCACAUUCAGCUCCUCAGCGGAGCCUUGUUGCAGUCCGUUCAGUUUUUCCCAAAAUUGAUAGGAAUCGAGUCGGGGCAAUUUCUGUGCCUGGGCUCGGGGCUCGGUACAAAAUGCAGAGGGGAAGGAGUAGAGAGCUUUGGUUGGAAUCACUGGGACACUCUUUGUGUUGGUAUUUUGGGGGUCACAGUGCUCACCCACUGCGGUCUGUGAAUGCAGAGGGAAAGAAUCGCCCCACGCCAACAGAAAUCGAAACUGCGGGGGUUUGCAGCCCAGCGCGCAGCUCCGGGCGAGGGACACGCGUGGGCUGUAACCCGCGGGUGGGUGGGUGCGAGCAGGGGCUCCCUCGGGGGCAGGGGGAGCCUGUCCCACCCGGAGCGGGCCCGGCCCCUCACGGCGGGCCCGCCGCGCUCUCCCCGCGGCCGGGGGGGCCGGGCCGGCGGCGGUGCCGUCCCCGUGUGUCCCGUCCCCCCCCGGCGGCCGGGCCCGUCCCCUCCCACCGUGGAGCCAAGUUCAAACCGCGGGCCCGGCGCAGCGGGACGGGGCCGGACCGGGACCGCCGCGGGGGCCGAGCCCGCGGGGCUCCAUGAUUUUCCCCCGGGCGCUCUCCUGUGCUGUUCUGCUGCUCGUGCUGGUGGCCGUGCUGAGCAGAGGCAGGAGGUGCAGCAUCGCCAAAAUCCUCCGGCAGUACCGCGCCGUCAUCUUCCAUGAGAUCCAGAACCUGAGAAACCUGACUGGGUCGUACAGGAGCGGGAGGGCCGGGCCCGCUUGUCGCUCGGACAAGGACCAGAAGAUCCUGCUGUCCAUCUACAACAUCAGCAUGUCCCUGUGGGAGGUGGGGGCCGGCACCCCGCAGGACCCUGAGGAGCUGGCGGUCUGGAGGGUGGCCAGGAACACCAACUUUGUGCUCCGGGAGAACUGCAGGAAAAUCAGCAAGAGCCCGGCGCGCACCGGAGCGGCCCCGGCGCGGCGCGGGGCGGCCGCCCGCAGGAGGAAGCGGCUGCGGGAGAUCGGCAGGAAGGCGGAGAGGCUGGCGACCUGCUGGGAGAAGCUCAAUGCCCUGCACGCACCCCGCCAGGUGCCCUGGGACUCGUAGGGACGCCCUCGCCCCACGCCGCGGGGAUGUGCUGCUCCAGCGCCGGGGCUGCCAGUGGCUCCUUUGGGAACCUGGGACAAACUCAGCCUUGAGGGCGGAGAGGUUGCUGCCAGCAGAUGCCCAAGCUGAAUUCAUCCUCCUGCUCCAAGCGGUGCCCAGGCACUGGAGCCACCACCCCUGGCUGGGGCUGGCAGGUUGGUGUGAUGUGGGAUGGCUGUGGCACACACCUGGUGCACCAGAAAUGCUGAGAAGAAGAAGGGGAAGAACACAAAAGAGAAGGUGAGGUGUGGAUUCUUGCUCACUCCCGGCCCUGCAGCACCUGCUGCUCUCUUGAGGACAAUGGGUGUGUUUUGGGGCAGAAAGAGGACAUGUGGGGCCAUGGCUCUGGGGGCUCUGCUGGAAGUGAGGCCACAGUGCAUCUGCAAGGCUCUGAGGUCAUUGGAGCUGUGCAUGGGGACAGGUGUCCCCGAGGCUCUGCUGGGAUGUGCAGAGCAGCCGGGCACCCACAGUGGACAGGGAAGUAAAGGUGCAUCACUGGGCACCUGGGGAAGCCUGAGGGGUUCUGAUAUCCAAACAUGCCAGGCAGUGUGGGGGUUUGAGGCCAAGGCUCAGCCUCGGUGACAGGCAGCACUGUGGAGGGACCCGGCUGCUUGGCACUGUGGGUGCCCCAGCAGGGAGGGAAUGGUGGGGUGAGGUGAAGGGCACCCUCACUUGUCAGGGCAUCCUCCCUUGUCAUUGUGCUCUGCCUGUGGCCUCCACUGCUUUGUUGGGUGGCAAACAGCCUCUGGGAAGCCAGAAAUAAAACCUCUCCUUCCCUGGAA